AUGCAGCUGGCAAACAGCGUGGUGCGGGUGUGUGGGCAAAUUCUUCAACGCCCACACACCAGCCCCGUCCUACGUGGCACACCAAAUCCACUUUUUCGUGCCAAGAUUCGUGCAAAAGACAGUGAACGACGAUCCAGGCAUGUGGGCGAGUUGGUUGGGAACAUUCCAUACGAUGCGACGGAGGAGCUGCUCGUGCAGAUAUGCGAGGAAGUCGGGCCCGUGGUCUCCUUCAGACUGGUUGUUGAUAAGGAAACCGGAAAGCCGAAAGGUUAUGGAUUUUGUGAAUACAAGGAUGAAGAGACAGCUCUAAGUGCACGCCGGAACCUUCAGGGUCAUGAUGUUAAUGGUCGUCAGUUACGUGUUGAUUUUGCUGAAAAUGGGAGGAACACUGACAGAAAUAGAGAAAAGGGUCGUGGAGGACCAGGAAUGUCAUCUACUGUUGAUGCUCAGAAACAAUUAACCACAACUCCCGCUGUAGGGGACACCAGCCUUCAUCAGCUUAUUGGUCUUCCACCGGCAAUACAUGCUGCAUCUGUGAUGGCUGGCGUUCUUGGGGGAGCUCAAACUGCAAAUGUACAAAAUGGUUUACCUGUCCAAUUUGGGCUUGGAAAUGACCCUCUUACCCAUUACUUGGCCAGGAUGUCAAGGCAUCAGUUGUAUGAAAUCAUGUCUGAGUUGAAGACCCUAACUACUCAAAAUAACGACCUUGCCAAAAAACUGCUGCAAGGAAUUCCACAGCUUCCAAAGGCCCUAUUUCAGGCACAGAUAAUGCUCGGGCUGGUGACACCUCAGAUGAUGCAGAUGGCUAAGAGCCAACAACCCUCUAGUUCGUUGGCACAAUCUUCUCACCUCAAUGAAUCAUUUCCGCAGCCAGAUGAUGUGUUACCAAUUGUUCAUAAACCUCCACCAAACCCUAAUGUCAUGCAGGAACAAACUGCACUGCUGCAUAACUUUCCUCAGUAUCAGCAUUCAUCUCAGCCCCCAGUCAAAAUGUUUCCGCAUGGACAUCAGUCUGGGGUGCUGGCACACCCUCCAAUGCUACCUCAGCCCUUCGGCACCUCUUCCAGUGUUCCUACUCAACCCCUUGUAACCUCAGGAGGCUUGAUAUCACAAGUUCAGCCUUCAUUUUUGACACAGCACCCUAGACCACCAGUUAUGCCAACUAAUGUACAGCAACUACCCUUGACCAAUCCUCAUCUCCCCCAGGUCAUCCCUACUGGACCAUCAGGGAGCUAUAGUUCUGGUGCUGUUAACUUUCAGCAACCAGAGAAUGAAGCGCCUCAGCUCACACAGGACGACGAGUCAGCCCUUCUGCAGCAAGUCUUACAACUGACACCUGAGCAGCUGAGUUCAUUGCCAGUGGAGCAGCAGCAGCAGGUGAUACAGCUUCAGAAGAUGCUAUCAGCUGGUAAAUAG